AUGGCUAGUCCUCCGGUGCUAGUUUUCGAUGCUGAGGGCCGCCCAGUAAAGUUUGACACCUGGCUAGAUGACCUGCACCUCUUCCUACAGCUCACUGCCAAGGAGGACAUCUCACUGUACGAUCACGCCCUAGGCCAUACCCCUGCCCCUGCUGCUACUGCUGACAGCACUACCCGCCCACAGUGGCAGACUCGUGACGCCCACGCUCGCUUUGCUAUUCGCAACUCCCUGCCAAUAGAUGAGCGUGAGCACUUCGGCCAGCACAAGACUGCCCGGGCACUGUACACUGGUGUCGUUGCCCGCUACUCCUCACCUGCCUCUACUGCACGAGGCCGUCUCUCACUCCCCUACCUGUUCCCCGACCUUACCUCCUUCCACACAGUCGCUGACCUCAUCACGCACCUCCGUACUAGUGAGGCCCGCUUCCGUGCCGCUAUGCCUGAUGAGUUUCUUGCCGCGAACCCCCCCCCCCCGCUCUGGCUCACUCUCUACCACCUAGGGUGUUCUCCUUCCCCCCUUCUUCCCUCUGUCGCCUCUGCUGCUGCUAUCGACCUCCUUGGUGCUGAGAAGGUCGGUACUGUGUCUGCUUCGAGUGGGCGCCGCAGCGACAAGGGCAAAGGGGGCAAGGGCGGUGGCGAUGACGACGGGGGAGGCGGUGGUGGGGGUGGUGGCGCGACUGGAGGGACUAGUGGCGGCGGUGGGGGUGGUGGCGGCAGCGGCGGGGGAGGUGGCAGGGGCGAAGGCGGUGGUGGGGGUGGCGGUGGACGCGGCGGCGGUAGGGGUUGGGGUGGUCGAGGAGGUGGCGGCGGCGGUGGCAGUCGUGGGGGCGCUGGCGGUGGCCAGGGCCAGCAGCACACUCCCUCGCCCCAGGAGGUCCGUGAGUGGUACUCUCAGCACAGAGGGGGGGGUGGCUCUAGCUGCACGUACGUCAUUCGCACUGGUGACCGCACUGGUCAGCAGUGUGGGGGACCGCACGCCACGCAGCGCUGCUUCGCUCGUCUCAACGACGCUUGGCGUGUUCAGUUCCCUCACGCCGCUGAGCUGCCCCGCUGGAUUGAUCUCCUGAAGAAGGGGAUUGAUAUCUUUGCUCUAGACUUUGAUGCUAUUCUAUCUGCUAUGUAUGUGAUGUCUACUAGUGGAGAGGGUGCUGAGUACCUGUGUGUGCCGCCCGACCCAGGCGUUAGGACUAGUGCGUCUGCCGCUCCAGGCACUCGCGUGUCUGCUACCCCAGGUGUUGGUGAGGCAGCUGCUCUAGGUGCUUGUGCGUCUGCCCCCCCCGGUACUGAGUAUACUGCAGCACUGCACACCUUCACAAUGGACUCAGGUGCUUCUCGCUGCUUCUUUCGUGACCGCACUGUCCUUGAGCCGCUUGCUCGGCCAGUUGCUGUCUCCCUCGCAGACCCAUCUGGGGGUCCGGUCAUUGCGACCUCCUCCAGUGUCCUUCCCUGUCUUGCGGUCCUGUCGGGCACACUGUCCGGUCUCCACCUUCCCUCGUUCUCUAUGAACCUGGUGGCAGGAUGUGCGCUCCAGGACGGGGGUGUUUACCAGUUCACCCUUGCCUACGAGCGCGUGACACACUGCACGUGUGCUCGUACGGGCCGUCACUUGGCUACCUUCACUCGGCAGCCGGGGUCGGACCUGUACACACUGACCACUAAGUCCCCUCAGGUCGCUGCGUCUGCGUCUGCGUCCGCGUCAGGGUCCUUCCUCCCCUCCCUCCCUCACCUGCUCCUCCCUGUCUUCCCUAUGUCGAGGGGCGGUAGCGCGCCGCUCCUCACUCUUCGUUUCCCCCGAUGA